CCUGGAAGAAGAGGUCAUGGCGGUACAUCCGGUGUAAGCAGUUUUCCUCUUUCAGGUAUCAGAAGUGGAAAUUAACCAGCUGUGGCAAUGUCGACUGCAAUGAAUUUUGGGACAAAAUCUUUCAAGCCCCGUCCCCCGGACAAAGGGUCUUUUCCUUUAGAUCACUUUGGGGAAUGCAAGGAUUUCAAAGAGAAGUUUAUGAGUUGCCUCAGGCAAAACAACUUCGAGAGCUCACUCUGCCGGAAUCAGUCAAAGGAGUAUCUUGAGUGCAGAAUGGAAAGGCAGCUGAUGACAAAAGAGCCACUAGAGAAACUGGGAUUCAAAGAUAUAAUGGAUCAAGGGAGCCAGAAGUCAAAGGAUGAUGUCUAGAAAUAACAAGGAAGUGAAAACAACAGCACAACAUCCAGCAGACAUGUAUAUAAUGUACAUUUAAAUUUGUGCUAUAAAAAUGUGAAUAUUGGAAAUAAAUAUUUUGUAUGUGCUUUAAA